AUGUUCUUCCCUGAAUAGGAGUACAAGACUAGUACAAAGAGUGAAGAUGAACUUAAGAAGUUGACGUUGGAGGAGGAUUUAAGCGAAUGCUAAAGGUCUUAUCAGAUAUUGACAAAGGGUCAAUAAUUGCAAAAGAGGGCAGUAUAUCAAAACUUGCAUAGAAUUUUAAAAGAACCAAAUGCAUUUGAGAUUUUGUUCAAAGUCAUUGUAGAGGAGAUUCAGCAACAAGAGGAGGAAAAUCAAAUUAUUGCAGCCAAAUCUCUUCAUAAACUGAUUAAAGACAAUUAACUUUAAGUAAUGGAGUUACUCUAAAUUUAUGAUUUGACUACUCAAAUCCUAAAAAUUUGGUCAUUACCAGUUUUGAAUGAAUGGAUACAUACUAUGAAUGCAUUACUUAGAGUUAUCAGCCUCGAUAUCAUCCUUAAUCCAAUCUCAUAAUUAAUACUAUUGUUGACUGAUGCAUCACAACCAACAAUUUCUCGUUAGAGUGCUGCCAAACUCAUAGGCACCUUGGCAUAACUAUUGGGAAAUGACAUCAAAGGACCUUUAUUAGACAGAGCUAGAAAUUUGUGUUCUGAUCAUGACAAAGAAGUCAGAUUGAUCAUGGCUGAAGAUGUUAUCGUGAAGGUGUGCCAAUCGAUUUCUAGUGAUUUGAUUGAGUGCUAUUUACUUGAAAAGAUUAUGGAACUGUAUUAUGAUACAGAUAUUGUUGUAAAGAGUUCAGGCAUGAAAUUGUUCUACACUAUAGCCAAUCAAUUGUCGCCUGAUGAAAUCAAGAAUAGAUGUACUAAACUAUUCAUAGAUCAAAUACAAAGUUAGAGCGAAGAAAGUAAAGUAGUUAUGUCUAAGAUGUGUGGUAGAGUAUAUAUGUUGGUAAUUAUUCUCAAUUAAUAGUAGAUUAAAGGCAAUUUAAAUCAAAAUUAAAUAUCUUUAUUUCUCACUAUUUAUGCUUCGUAUGCCAAAAGUAAAAACAUAGAUGUGAGGAUCAACUUUAUUUCCAAUUUCCCUGCUAUACUUUCAUUGAGUCUAAAAAAGUUUGAAUUUUUUCAAGAAUAAUACAUGUUGUGUUGCAAUGAUACCAAUGAAACACUUCAGAGAUCCAUUUUAAGUAGUUUCCAUGAAGUUGUACUCUUGUCUGAGAAUACAGAUAUUCUAAUACAAGUAUUCAUUAAUUUCAUGAAAUCAAAAUAUUUAACCAUCUUACAAUUGUUAAUAAUCAGAUUUGAUUCAAUUGUGAAUUCUUUCCAAAAACAAUAACAACCCCAAUUUGGUCAACCAGCCAUUGAAUUGCUAAAUGGUCUAAUUGUCAAAAAUCAAUGGGAUCUACAAAUAGAUUUAUUAUCUAAAUUCUCAGAAUGCCAAUACAUAUUUUCUGACAUCAGUACAUUCCUCAAUGUUAUGCUCACCACUAUUAGCAAAGGAAUACCAAAAACAAAACAAUUAUGUUGUCUAAACAUUGCCAAAUACUUGAGCAACAUCGGAGAUCUGAGGAAGAGAAAGGAUUGGAUUAUCUAGCUCUUUGAACUUUACUUUAAAUCAGAUAGCUACUUUAAUAGAAUCACUUUUAUAGACAUAGUCCAAGAAUUCACUCAGUUCAUCUCUAGAAAACUGUUCAAAUAAUAUUAAUUCUAUGAUGUACUCGUCUUCUCCAAGGAUCCAAUCCUGAAUGUGAGGAUGAGAUUGAUUAAGAUUUUACCCAUCCUUUAUAAGAAGAUAGAUUCCAAUGAUGCACCUACUUUGAAUAUGUUCAAUGAUGCUUUACAAGAUUGCAUUCUCGGUGGAUCUCGUUCUUUUCAAUAUAUGAUUUAGCAAACCAAGGAAGAGUUGCUAAAGCCAAGUGACGAAAACUACUUAGAUCAGAAGGAUCUAGAGAUGCUGGAAAAAGAGGAGUAGAUCUUUAAGAAUGAUUAAAAAUAAAGACAAUUACUAUUAGAUUAAGAAAGGGAUGAUGUGGAACUCAAUAAAAUAGAUUUAAACGAUUAUUUAACCAAAUACAAAAAGAAGUAUCCCCUGACCAAGAUAAAGAUCACCAAUCCGAGCGUGCACAGUCAAACCAUACUGAUUAAAAAACCUCAGUUGUAGAAUAAUACCGCCUCAGCGCUUCUUUUCAAGAAAUCAGUUGAUUUAGAUUGCAAUAAGAGUCCUCUCUUUGAAGCUUCGUCUUCUUUGAAGAAACCUGGUCUUAAAUCCAAAACACCGAUGACCAAAAGUAGUUGUGACAUUAAGAAGUAAUUUAAACUUCCUAGUAUUAAAAAGUGA